CCGGACCCCCCCGGGCCCCCGGACCCCGCCCCCUGCCGCGUGCUGUACGCGCGCGCCUUCGGGACCCCCCCCGGCGCCGCCCCCGGGGCCCCCCCCCGGCAGCGCCUCCGCCGCAAGGAGCAGCUGGUGGCCGUGGCCAGGCAAGUGUCCUCCCAGUGCCGGCUGCUUCAGUCAUCCUCGGGGUGCCCGUCCUCCCCCCAACUCCCCCAACUCCCCGACGAGCCGAUGUCGUUGCAAGAUGCCCCAGGGGGGCUUUUCCAGCCCCCCGGGGACCCCUUCCCGGAACAGGUGACGGUAGCCUGGUUGUCAGUGUUGGCCCUCGCCUUCGCCUUGGUUUGUGACCCCCAAGAGAAUCUAUCGCUAGCCGAAAUCACCCUACGCCGCCUGGCCCCCCGCCUGCUCACCUCCCUGCGCCUCCUCGGCCCCGGCGCCGACGUCCUGCUCCGACCCGAGAUCGCCGAUGUCCUCCUCGAUCGUCUCCUGCCCCACGGCCAGAUGCUUUUCCUCAAUGAACGUUUCCUCCAGGCGAUGGACCGGGAGAUGAGCAUCAAAACAUCCCGCUGAGCUACAGUCGGCACCCCUGCCCGGCACCCCCAGAUAUUUUGCGGGGAGAGACAAGAGAGGGAUCGGAAACGGUUGCCAAGCCCCAGCAGGAUGGACAGAAAAAGCGGCUCAGGAAUAAAG